GAUGUUUAAUUUCUACCUUAGGACAUAGUUACCUAGUAAAAUGCGGGCUUGUUGUCUCCAUUUUGCAGAGUAUGAAACUGAGGCUCGGGAAGGUUAGGUUAAUUCCCGAGGUCACAGCAGUAGGACUAGUAAGUGGCGGAGCGGAGACCCAAGCUCCACGCCCUGCGCCUAGACUUACCGCGGGCCCCGACGCCAGCCACUGAUGUCCUCGCACCCGGGCCAGCUGCAGACCCUGCAGCCCCAAUCUCGAGCGCCCCCGACUGACAAAGUUGGGAUUCGCGCUCCCGCGGUGGUCUGGAAUGGGGUCUCUGCCCCUCCCCGGGGCGGUGGUCCAGUGACGUCACUGCCUCUUUAAGACCCUGCCUCCGCCCCAUCCCCGCACUCCGCCGUCUCUUAGGAAUCUCCGCGGACUCCUUCCUUCGCAGUACAGCUCCUCUCAUCCUCAACCUCGCCAUGGCCUCUGCUGGUCUGCAAAUCCUAGGGGUCGUCCUGACAUUGCUUGGCUGGGUGAAUGCCCUGGUGUCCUGCGCCCUGCCACUGUGGAAGGUGACCGCCUUCAUCGGCAACAGCAUUGUGGUGGCCCAGGUGGUGUGGGAGGGGCUCUGGAUGUCCUGUGUGGUGCAGAGCACAGGCCAGAUGCAGUGUAAGGUGUACGACUCAAUGCUGGCGCUGCCCCAGGACCUGCAGGCUGCCCGCGCCCUGUGCGUCAUCGCCCUCCUCGUUGCCCUGGUGGGCCUGCUCAUCUACCUGGGCGGAGCCAAGUGCACCACCUGCGUGGAGGACAAAGACUCCAAGGCCCGUCUUGUGCUCACCUCUGGGAUCAUCUUUGUCACUUCGGGGGUCCUGACCCUGAUCCCCAUCUGCUGGACUGCCCAGGCCAUCAUCCAGGACUUCUACAACCCCCUGGUGGCUGAGGCCCAAAAGCGAGAGCUGGGGGCCUCCCUCUACCUGGGCUGGGCGGCCUCCGGCCUUUUGUUGCUGGGUGGGGGGCUGCUGUGCUGCACCUGCCCUUCUGGGGGGUCCCGGAGCUCCAGCCAUUACCUGGCCCGAUACUCAGCAAAUGCCCCACGUGCCAACUCUCAGGGGCCCUCCGAAUACCCCGCCAAGAAUUACGUCUGAUGUGGGUAGGAGAAUGGGGGCUCCCUGGACAGUGGAGCCGACCCCCCCCCCCCCCAGCUGGAGUCAU